CCCGCCGCCUCCGGUCACCUGAGCGGCCCUUCCGCGGCGGCGGGGCCGGGCCGAGCUGCCGCCAUGCGGAUCGAGAAGUGCUACUUCUGCUCGGGCCCGAUCUACCCGGGCCACGGCGUCAUGUUCGUGCGCAACGACUGCAAGAUAUUUAGAUUCUGCAAAUCAAAAUGCCACAGAAACUUUAAAAGGAAGCGAAAUCCCAGAAAGAUGAGAUGGACCAAAGCAUUCCGAAAAGCAGCUGGCAAAGAAUUGACAGUGGAUAAUUCAUUUGAGUUUGAAAAACGUAGAAAUGAACCAGUGAAAUACCAGAGAGAGUUGUGGAACAAGACUGUUGAUGCAAUGAAGAGAGUGGAGGAAAUAAAGCAAAAACGCCAAGCCAGGUUUAUUAUGAACAGAUUAAAGAAGAGCAAAGAGUUGCAGAAGGCAGAAGACAUCAAAGAAGUCAAACAGAAUAUUCACCUCCUUCGUGCUCCCCAUGCAGGCAAACCAAAACAACUGGAGGACAAAAUGGUGCAGAAACUACAAGAGGAGGUGCCUAUGGAAGAAGACUCUUAAAGUGCUUUCAUUUUCUAUUUAUAUCUGUUCAGCAGUUAACAGUUCCCUACUGCCUCACCUGACAUCAUUCAGAACUGUGCUUACAGUUGAAGAAAAAGACAUUUUAAUGAAUAGUGGUCAUUUACCAUUUGGAUUAUUUUUUGGUUUAUAAAAAAUAGUAAGUUGGAUACUGGUUUGGGCAGUUCUUAAAUUCGUGCAGUUUGAGAAAAGCUUGUCAAAGCUCAUGCUCAAUGGAGCGUGAGGCGUUACUGUUUGAGAUACUGUGUGCUCCUUGGAAAGUUACACUUUUUCCAGGUGAAUUUUCCCUCACAAUUCAAGGAAUAAAAUAUGCUGGCCCUGAACUUU